GACCAAAAACAAAGAAAAAGUAGCGUAUAACAAUCUUUAUACCUUCUUUUAGGUUUUAUUUUCCCUUAUAAAAACUGAAAAAUCCCCCCUCUCCCCUUUCAUCAUCUUGAGAAUAUCUUGAGUGUUUUUCGAUAUAAAAAAAAAAUGGCAGUAAAAGAUGUAAAGUCAAAACAAGAAGUUGAUGAUGCUGUAAAAGAAGGAAAACCAGUUAUUAUUCACUUCUGGGCAUCUUGGUGUGAAGCUUCUAAACACAUGGAUCAAGUUUUUUCUCAUCUUUCUACUGAUUUCCCACUUGCCCAUUUCUUAAGAGUUGAAGCUGAAGAACAACCAGAAAUUUCUGAGGCACAUUCUGUUUCUGCUGUACCUUUCUUUGCUUUCUAUAAGAACGGCAAGAAGGUUGAUACAUUGGAAGGUGCAUAUCCAUCUGAAUUAGCCAAUAAAGCUGCGAAGGUUGCUGGAUCGAUCCAUGCUGGGGAUCCCGCAGAACCCGCAAGUCUAGGGAUGGCUGCUGGACCUUCAGUUCUUGAAGCAAUUCAAAAUUUUGCUAAAGUCGACAACUCUCCCAGUGGGAACACUCUCUCUCCACCACCAGGUGGCGUUAGUGAUGGAAUGAAAAACCGCCUUGAAAAGCUCACCCGUGCUCACCCCAUUAUGCUGUUCAUGAAAGGAACUCCUGAAGCACCCCAGUGUGGAUUCAGUAAAAAAGCCGUCGAAAUCUUGAAGGCCGAAAACGUUAAAUUUGGGACUUUUGAUAUUCUUAGUGACAAUGAGGUUCGUGAGGGAUUAAAGAAGUUUUCAAAUUGGCCUACUUAUCCUCAACUUUACUGCAAUGGAGAGCUUCUUGGAGGGUCUGAUAUUAUAAUCGCAAUGCAUGAGGGGGGUGAACUGAAACAAGCUUUUUCCGAUCAUGGUGUUGGAAACGAUGUUAGCAAGUCAAAUGUGACGGAAUCCGAUGGUCAAAUGGCUGGAGUUACAGAUUCGACUGGUUUGAGCUCUGCCUUGACUUCUCGCCUUGAAAGUAUCAUCAAUUCCGCUCCAGUUAUGCUAUUUAUGAAGGGAAGUCCAGAUGAACCUAAAUGUGGUUUCAGCCGAAAGGUAGUUGAAAUUCUCAGAGAAGAAAAGGUCGAUUUCAAGACUUUUGAUAUACUCUCCGAUCAGGAAGUGAGGCAAGGUCUAAAAGUAUACUCAAACUGGUCUAGUUACCCUCAACUUUACAUAAAAAGUGAACUCAUUGGUGGAUCUGAUAUUGUUUUGGAAAUGCAAAAGAGUGGAGAACUCGAAAAGAUUUUUGUUGAAAAAGGUAUUAUUUCUCUUGAGGAACGCUUGAAAAAGCUAGUUAAUUCCACACCCGUUAUGCUCUUUAUGAAAGGUAGCCCAGAUGCCCCAAGAUGCGGUUUUAGCUCAAAGGUUGUAAAUGCCCUCAAUGACGAAGGUGUGAAGUUUGGCUCUUUUGAUAUUUUGAGCGAUGAAGAAGUUAGGCAAGGUUUGAAGAAGUUUUCGAAUUGGCCUACUUUCCCUCAACUUUAUUAUAAAGGCGAGUUGAUAGGAGGUUGUGAUAUCAUUUUGGAGCUUAAAAGUAAUGGUGAACUUGCAUCUACCUUGUCGGAGUAAAAGGUUUUUUUUCUUCUAGUGGAGUUAUUUUUCUAAUGACUAUUGAUAUAUAAACCAGUCAGUGCUUUGAGUUCAUUAUGAUUGGGAUUUUUCAAUUUUGACCUACUGUUGAAUCUUGAUGUGGUGUUUGUGGCAUUGUUCAUGGUGUACUCUGGUAAAUUUAUGCAGUGCUUUAGCUUGAAA